AUGAGGACUGGGUUCCUUCACGGCCUCCUUGGCACUCAGGUCACAGUCGACUUAUGGCCCCACCCAAUUACUGGCCCUGCGUCAGAAACGUGGGAAAUUACCGAAAAAAUCGAUGAAGAAAUAUGCCCCACGGACGAAAACGACUCGAAUAAUGGUAAGCUACCAGCGUACGUACUUGGCACAUUCCGGUGCCGAUCGACCGAUGACAAUGACGAGGGGAAGAAGCUUGGCAUCGUGAAAAUCUACAAGCAGAUUCCAUACGACGGCACCCAGUUUUAUGACUAUGAAUAUCGCAAGCAACAAGCCGUUGAGCCCUACGAACCAAGAGAGCUGAUCGCCUUGAAGGCCUUAAAGCACCGAGGCUGCGUUGUUGUUCCGGAAUUACUCGGCUAUCGUCUUACUAAGCAAGAUGCCAUGGAGAUCGUGCCUAGAGGAUGCCUCAUGUACAUUGUGUGGAAGCAAGUCCCGGGGGAGCCCCUGACUGAAGAAGCCUUCUGGCAAGCUCCUCUCGCGAAGCGCGAUGAGAUUCGGGCCCAAUUUCGCCACACCUACCAGCAGCUUGUUGAGUAUGCGCCAUUGAUCAGUGAAAUUCGGAAGAUUAUCUAUGACUGGACAACAGGAGAGAUGCAUAUCAGUGGGUUCUGGCGUGCCGCGUCACUCGACGGUUACGCAAAAUGGGAUGACUACCUCUUUGUGCAAUUUGACCUUGUCUCGGCAAACCCGUCAUAUAAACAUUACUUUACCAUUGGUGCCACUGAUACCUAUCACGAUGAAAAGGGCUGGAGAUGUUCGGCUUAUGAAGAAUCGCCUGACCGGCUCAACGGGCUCUGA